AUGAACGAGGACGAGCGGCUGAAAGAGAGGUAUGUGAAAUUUAACCCGAUCGAGCUUCAGCGCGUUGCUGGGAAAGCAAUGGGAGAAAACCAUUGUUCCCAUAUUUUCAAACUCGCAGAAGGUGGCUUCAACAAAGUCUUCCUAUUAAGAACAAAUUCCGGUAAAGAAGUCAUAGCACGCAUUCCCACUCCCAUUGCCGGCCCACCCCACUACACCACCGCCAGCGAGGUUGCUACGAUGGCAUUCUUGCGAGAUAUUCUAGGAGUUCCGGUCCCAAGAGUACUGGCGUAUUCGGCAGAUUCGGCCAAUCCAGUUGGAUCAGAAUAUAUAAUAAUGGAGCGGGUAGAAGGCGUGAGCGUUGCAUCAAGAUGGUUAUCUCUCACUACAGCGGAUGUGGCUAGUUUGAUGAAACAAAUAGCGGAAAUUGAAGCGAAGAUUUUCGCAUAUCAAUUCCCAGGGUACGGAAGUCUAUAUCGCAAAAGAGAUCUGGAACGGGGACCAAAGAUACCACUUUCGAUAGAGGACUUCUGCAUUGGUCCUAUUGCUGCGCGGCAGUUCUGGCAUGGUGAUCGAAGUAAUACCAAGAUUGAUCGCGGUCCUUGGCUCUCGCCCGAAGACUGCUUUACAUCUGCUGCUCGGCGAGAGACUACUUGCAUACUGCAGUAUGCGAAGCCUCAACCUCGAAGAACCUUUCUCCUUCCUACCAGUUUCGAUAUCGACCCUUCGGAGCAUACCUCGCUUCUUUCAAGAUUCCUGCAACUUGCCACUCUUUUGAUACCAAAAGACACAGUUCAUAAUGCUCCCAUUCUACGACAUCCUGACUUGACUCUGAAUAAUAUUUUACUGGAGCCUGGCUCCGCAAAGAUUGCAAGCAUUAUAGACUGGCAAGAUAGCAUCACCUUCCCACUGUUCAUGCAAGCAGGCUACCCAGCCUUUUGUGAGCAUGAUUCGUCGAAGGCUCAAACCUUACAGGCUCCAUCUCUCCCAGAUAACUUUUACGAUAUGAGCAACGAGGAACAGAUGGAAGCAAAAGCUGAAUUUCGCUCGGAGGAAGCAAACCUCUACUACACAUCAGCUACUGGGUUGUAUAAUGGUAACCACUGGAGCGCUUUGAAGAUCCCGCACCUUGGCAUGCGACAAUAUCUACAUCAACAAACAGGAUAUCCCUGGGAUGGAGAUGUCAUCAAUCUUCGUGCUGCUCUUGUUGGUAUCACAACUCCGCAGGUUUGGAACGCGAUUACGUCAGAACGCUGUCCGGUGGGAUUUUCUGAUCAAGAACAACACACAGCAAUGGAGGAAUCAAAAGAGUGGAAUGAGUCCGAAGAACUCCUGUAUAUUAUCAGGAACGACAUAGGUAUUGACCCCGAAGGUGGUACAGAACCCGCAAACUUUGAGCAGGCGUCUCGGAGAAAUCUGGAAUAUCGAUUGGAAAUGGUACGGCAGGCCGAGGAGGAUGAGCGUGAUAUUUGCUGGCGGAAUUGGCCUUUCAAAGAUGAUACAGAUUUCCCCUCUUCGUCUUAA